AACAGCGGGCAUUCGCAACAGCGUUGUUCAACGGUUGCACAGACAGAAGCGGAGCUGCUAUACGAAUACAAGUUCACGCCCCUGCGUGUUAUUGUGACGUCUACGCGUCAGCCACUGUGGAUGGGUCAACGUAGAAAACACUGAGUUACUGCAGCCGCCCACAUCGUGGUAAAGCCAUGCAGGGAGUCCUAUGGAAGUGCCUCUCCACAGGCCUGGUAGCGGGUUUCGGUGCACUCCUCCUGCAGUACCUGUGGGCUGUGCUCAAGAGAUGGUUGCGGAAGGACCUGCCGCCAGGACCCUUCGGCUUGCCUCUGCUCGGCUGCCUGCUCUUCAUGCCCAAGGACCAUCGCGGCGUAGAGGUUUUCAGACAGAAAUACGGCAACGUAUUCGGGCUUCACCUGGGCAGCCGAUACGUGGUUUUUCUGUGCGACUUCGGCUCCGUGAAAGAAGCUUUUUUGCAGGACGCUCUUCUCAACAGGCCAGAAGAAUUUCCCUUUAAGGUCCACGAGCAGUCACAAGGUCUUAUUUUAAUAAAUGGGCCCCUGUGGAGACUGCAGCGUCGCUUUUCGCUGAAAGUCUUCAAGAAUUUGGGCGUUACCACACCCGCCAUGGAGACACACAUACGUGAGGAACUGUCGUACCUAAUCCGGGAGCUUCAAUCCCUGGAAAGAAAGCCCGUGGUACCCACAACCUUGCUGACGCCCAGCACAUCCAACAUCAUCUCAGCACUGGUGUUCGGCCGGCGGUUUGAAUACGACGACCCCGAGCGCAGUUACCUUGACCAAUUGAUCGAGGUCAUUCCGGCCCUGGCUGCACAGGCGGCGGCCAUCAACUUCUUUCCCUGGCUUCGCAAGCUGUUCGUCUUCUUCCGCGUGGGCGCAUGCGAGAGGCUGAGGGACGCACUGGCCCGCCGAGAAGAUUUUGCUGACUCCAAGAUUAACGAGCAUGAGGACACAUACAAGGAAGGCCUGGUCCGAGACUACAUAGACGGAUUCCUCAGCGAGAUGAAGGAGCAGCAUAACGAAUGCUUCACUCGCAACCUUCUCAAGGGGAACGUGUCGACCUUCUUCGGUGCCGGCAGCGAGACGGUUCGCUCCUCCAUCGAGUGGUUGCUGCUCAUGUGUGCCGUCAAGCCAGAGUUGCAACACCGCAUCCACGCCGAAAUCGACGCAGUUCUUCAGCGUAACCAGAGCUCGCACAUCUUGUGGAGUGACCGAAACCGGAUGCCGUACACGCAAGCGUUCAUUUGGGAGACGAUGCGAUACAAGCCGGUCGUUCCACUGAACAUAAUGCGCUACGCCGAUGCAGACGUCAAAGCGGGAGGCUACGUCAUCCCACGCGGCAGCAUUGUGAUCGCCUCCAUAUGGUCCAUCUUCCACGACAAGUCUUUCUGGGGAGAUCCGGAAGUCUUCCGACCUGAGCGCUUCCUUGUCGACGGCGAGACGAGGCCGUUGAAACCGGAGCAAUUCAUCCCCUUCUCCUAUGGCAAGCGCUCAUGCCCUGGUGAAGUGAUCGCCAACAUGGAGGAGUUCAUCUACUUCACCACCAUACUGCAGCACUUCGCAAUCGAGGCACCACCCGAUAGCCCACCCCUCGUCUUUGAUGAAAUCCCCGGCCUCUCUCUCCGGCCCAAGCCGCAGGAACUGGUCUUUCGGCCACGAUUAGUAAACAUUUGAGCACACAGAACGAACCACGAGUCAAACCUGCUCAAAAGCAGUUGUGACACACGAUGCUAUGGUCGCAGUGUAAAGGCUCUUCGUAUCAUCAUAUUAGCAAUGUACCCAGCGUUGUUUUUAAAGGCACACACCCAGGGUCUAACAAUGCUUUAAAAGGACACUCAGAAGAAAAAUUUUUCAUGCGUUAGUGCACUACCGUUUUUACAAUACCAAAAAUAUCACUCUUGCAGUGGGAAAGUGUGUAAAAGGAAAAUACAGGUGGCAACGUCGCCUUGAGGUUCCUGCACAGACUUGCCAUGACAGAUUGUGAAGGUAUUUGCAUGAGCCUAUAUAACUUUUCAAUGACAGAAACUAUAAUUACAUUGUGUUUAUAAAGGGGCCAGACCUAAACAUUUGUGUAGUUUAGUUCUUGCCUUGUUCUGUUGUGCUAUUUUUCUUUUUUCUUUUCUUGUCUGUGUUUGCAUGCUUUACUCAUUUCCACGAUUAACUUAGUGUUUCAUUUUAGUGUCCCCUUAAUACUAUAUAUAUAAUGUGCAUACUAUGUUCGCUUGCAAGCCUGUUUCUUUGGUGAGACCUUUUACUGCAAGAUGCAGUUCAAGAUGUUCAUGUUCCUAAACAAGCCCAUCUGUAAUGACACAGAACAUUCACAGCAAAAACGGCAUACCACCUCAGCAGCAGCUAUUAUCAAAGGACUGCAAAGAAAAGCAGUUGUCCCAAAUAAACCUUUUCAUGAAAGCCUACUUCUUGCAGUUGAACUCUUGAGUGUACUAUACACAAACAACAAAAAGGUGUGCAGCUAGGGCAACAUAGCCUGGCUUUAUGUGAGCAGAUGCAAACGGAGUGUCAGAUAGAGCCACCUAUAUUGUAAAACCUAUGUCACAGCAGCAUAGGCAGAAACAGAAAAAGGAAGCAAGCAUGCAACUGCACCAACCGUAUGGUAACACAGAAAUCUGCUCAUUAGUGAAAAAUCUGCACUUUCAUGAUGGAUUCAUAGGAAGCCUUAGCAGUGCUUAAGAAAUAAUCUCUGUCGCUAUGAGAUGCACUUUUAAAUGGAUUAUUUGUCUAUUUAUCCACACAAGUGGCUUCUGCGCUGCUGCGUUAUUUCACCACUGUAAAGUCUUUUUUGUGUGUGUGUGAAGCAAGAGUAGAAUUUUCAGCACUACCCUUGCUCAUAACAUUGUAGAUGUGUGUGUGUUUUUUCAAAUAAACAUCUAUUAAUAG